AUGCCAAUCCGCAGUGAAUACAGUCUCGCGCGCGAAGGCAUAACAGGCGACACGCUCGCGCGCCUCAUCCACCACACCGCGCUGAACCCCGCGCUCACUCUCCCCCUGCUGGCGCUCGCGCAUGCCACGGCUCCAGGCAAGGCGCUGACGAGUGCGCAUCCACGCGCGGUGAAGAGCGUGGUUGCGCUCGCGGGGCUGGGGCUGCUGAAGCGCGUUAGUGCGUGGCUGGAUGGGCGGGUUGUGGAUAACUGGACGGCGGACGGGUUUCAGUGGGAGAAGGAGGUUGUUGUUGUUACUGGGGGGAGUGAGGGGAUUGGGAUGCGGGUUGUGGGGUUGUUGGCUGAGAGGGGGGUUAAGGUUGCGGUUUUGGAUGUGAGGGGGUUGGGGUAUGAGGCACCGCCGUCGGUCAGUUUCUUCCACUGCGACCUCUCGUCCCCAUCCUCGAUCGCCACAGCCGCAGACGCCAUCCGCGCACAGCUCGGCGACCCCACAGUGCUGAUCAACAACGCCGGCGUCGCCCGCGGCAAGACCAUCCUCGACACCCUGGAGAAAGACAUCAACCUGACGUUCCGCGUGAAUACCUUCAGCCACUACUUCCUCGCGCAGCAGUUCCUCCCAGCCAUGAUCCGCGCCAACCACGGCAUGGUCGUAACCAUCGCCUCGCUGGCAGGCUACAUCACCGCGCCGUCGAUGGUCGACUACGCCGCGUCAAAAGCCGCAGCUGUGUCCUUCCACGAGGGGCUCGCCGCGGAGCUGGUCACGCACUACGAUGCACCCAAGGUGCGCACUGUGCUCGUCACGCAGGGGUACACGCGCACGGCGCUGUUCGAGGGCUUUGGCGGCAAGGCAUUGUAUCCUGAGACGGUGGCGGAGGCGAUUGUGCGCGCUGUGUUCAGGGGCCGCUCGGAUAGUUUGUGUCUGCCUGAGACGAGUUGGCUUGUUGCGCCGAAGUUGAGGGCGAUGCCGCAGUGGGUGCAGUAUGCGCUUAGGAGGCGGCUGAUGAUGAUGCAGGGGUGGAAGGGGAGGCAGGUUGCGCAGCCGAGUGAGGAGAAGGUCGAGGAGAAGGAGAAGGAUGUUGAGGAUAGUACGGUGUUGGUGGAUGGCGAGUAG